UUUAUAAUAAUUUUAAAAAAUAACUUACAAAUGUACCAUAGCUCAAUUUUUUUCUUUAUUUGUUAAAUGUGUUGUCAAAAGGGGUUUGAACUGAAACCCCUUGGAUUUUUGUAAUAUAUUAAUAAUAUUCAGAGUGCAAAUUAUUUGUAAAGAUGAGAAAUGUACCAUAAAAUGUUUUGUAAAUUAGAUGUGGAUUCAAAUUUGGAAAAAAUCGAAUUUGAACCGGUGAUCAGCGAAAGUAGCAAAAAUGUCAUUAUUUUAAAAAACUUGUUAAAACUUAACAAAACCGUGUUAAAAUAUUCUCGACAAAAUCAUUUAUCAAAUUCACGUAAUAAAAUCGAAGAUUCCAAUCAGUAUAGUUUAAAUGACCAAAUUAACAAAUAUGACAAGGUUAUUGAAAAUGAGGACAACAGCGAAAAUAAAGGAUCUGAACACAAAAACUCACUAAUAUUUUCAACAGAAGUUAAAAAUAAUCAAAAUUACAGAGAUUUGUUCAAAUAUUUACUAAUCCAGUAUAAAUACCUAGUAACCCUUUCAACGCAGUCUAAGUCAUUUGUUAGCAAGAAACUCAACAAAAGCAGGAUAAUUCAGAAAUACAGGAAGUAUCAGAACUUACUCAAACAGUUAAGUAACUAUGAAAAUGCUCUGCAGGAGAUUAUUAUCAGCGCUAUAAACCAGUUAAAUGGCGCAACUCAGUGUACGAUACCAAAAUUCAAGAAUUAUAUCAAUGAAGAAGUCCUUAAUGAUGAGAUUUUCUUAAACAAACUUAAAAAUUGUAGUUUAUUCAAACAAUCUCUGCUUAACAAUGUUGCCACUAAUUCUAACCCAAUUUCUGACACACCUGGUGAUAAUUGUGUGAAGAGUGGCAUGGAUAAUACUAAGUACCUUCCAUUGUAUGAGUAUUUGAAGGGCAAUGAGAUCGAUGCGAGUACCGUGUAUAUGAAGUGCAAUAAACUAAGUAGAAUGACAUUAAAUGAAGUCAAAACGCGCCAAAAGUACAAUAAUUAUAUAAACCUAUUAGUAAAGUGUUAUAAAAUGAAGAAUGAACUGAUAGAGUCUAUUAACCAGUUCAACAGGGAUGUAGUUAACUUUAAGGCCUACUUUUUUGAUAAUGUUAACAACGUCAACUAUGACAUUGUCGACAGAGUUAACAAGUUCCACUACUCCAAAUACAACAUUUAUUACUUUCUAAUGUCACAAAUUUCUGAUUCUGUCCCCCCUCACCAAAUUAACAUUAACUCAAUUAACACUGUUAACACCACCAAUAAUUCGAGUAUUACUAAUACUACCAACACUAUUGAUAGUGUUGUUGAUACCACUAACUCUAACACUGACAUUGUUGUCAACACUAGUGAAUCGAAUAUUGAUAGUGUUAACAGUAUUAAUGUUGAUGACUCAGAUAAUAGUGAUACGCCAAACUCUCCGAUAGUCGAGUGUAAUACGGAACUGAAUCAAAACGGUCCCGUUGAAAUGGAGGAAAGAAUUACUAAAAGACAGUUAACUCCACAUUUUAGUGAUCUUGGAACAACUUUUGGUGAUUCAAGCCCUUCAAGAUGUCCCAUUAACACUGAUGAUACCUCGGAAGACGCAACUACAAACUCCGGUGAUUCCUCAGGUACUACUAAACCCGAUAACCACAACGAGGAUAAUGUGUCUGAAGGUUCUAAUAAGAGUGAAACAACUGAACCACCGGGUAAGGAGAAUUAUAGGAUUGUUCUGAGGCAAUUGAAUGGUAAGUUGUGUAAAAAAUUGAGUAAGAGCAUUAUCAACUCUUUGUCAGGUGUGAAUGAUUACUCCAACGAAUAUCUGUCAUACGCAUGUAAUAUGAUAGAAUUUACCUCAAAAUCACUUGAAGCCUCAGAUUCUGAAAAUUCUGACAUAGUUGAUGAUAUAAAGAAAUACAUUGGAGAUAACAUAAACCAUAUAUUGCACACAAUCAGCAGUAUCAGCCCCGAUAACACCGUGAGUUCAAACCCGCAGCUCCAGACCUACAGUAGAUCAAUAAGUACACUCAGGAGUAAACAGUUUGAAAGCUUUGACGAUAACAUAUUAUUAUACAUCAAUAAUUUGUACAUAAUAGCGUUACUGUAUGGGUCGAACUACUACACCAGUGUGGGUUCAAAUUCCUCAGAACAAGGAAUUAGUGCUAGAAGAGUAAAUAGGGAAAAUAGCAUUGAGUCCUGUGAUGGGAAAAUGUGUGGAGAGGACCUGUCACACGUGAUAAUAAAGUCAGACAAGUACAUUUGUCUCCAUACAGGAGGCAGUGAGUUGAUAAUACCCAAUGAUAAGAUGGAAGAUUACGUAAUGUCGAGACUAAAGCUGAGUGGCCCUGUUGUUCUUAGGGUAAGUUGUGUGUUAUUGGGAGUUCCCCAAGUCCCCGGAGUGCUUUACAUCACUAGAGAUAAAUUGGGCUUUCACUCACUCUUCCAACGCAGAUUUUUCCUGAGCAAGAACAACUUUCGUACUAUCCCUUUCGUGGAUAUCACUGAUUUUAGCAUUGACAGUAAUAAGCUUUGUGUUUAUGCAAAUUCACCCGAGAAUGACUCCCUAGGUGUAAAUACUAAAAUUUAUACCUUUAUGAUUCUGGAUACGAAUAUGGAAACAAUAUUACACUACAUAAACCAUUACAAGAAUAAUAGUGUUGGUGGAAAUUUGAGAUUGAACAACGCUAUCAGUGCUGAAUACUUGGUGAAUUACAUUGUGAAUAAUUACAAUAUACUUUACAAUACCAAGACUUUGGUGUACAACUGUAACGUGAACAUGGACUUGUUCCAGUUCUAUAAUCUUGUCCUAAAUCACAGUAAUAAAAAUUCCUUUGUUUCUAUGUCCAAGGAAGCUCUCGGCUUCACUGAAGGCCAAACUUCCAACAGCAGCUUUAUUAACCCUUCUUCAAUCAUCACUUCCAUCAAGUCAAAUCUUCAAAAGAUUAACGCUCUGGAUGAGACUCAGGAUGAUAAUGAAGAUAACGUUGUCAGCGUAAAGAUGAGGAAUGGAGACAUAAUGAAGGGCCUUUGUGCUAGGACUAACAUGAAUUACACACUUAAGAACACCAAUUCUAAGUUUUUCAACAAGAAGAUAACCACUUGUGAGAAUUUAUGUUACGUUUUCUUCAACGAUGUUACCAUUUAUCAGUCUGUGACUACCAUCAGUAACUCUCCUUUCACUAAAUUCUUCUACACUGUUUACACUAUUAUCGCCACUUCCAUUACCCCUACUGAUUACUCUCUUGACAACCUCAACUCCGUCAUUUCCAACUCCAGUGCACCUAGAACCACUAAUCCCAUCAAUAAACAGGAGAAUUCUACUGACCUAAGUAGUGAGAAUUCAGAGGAACUAGAUCCAGAGAGUGACAAACAGAGUAAAGACGACAGUGGGAACCCGAGAAUGGAGAUUAAUGGUAUCCAGAUUCAACUUAAUGAGGACAAACAUCAAAACCCUAAUGAAACGUUCAAUCAAAACGUUAGUGGAAACCCAGACCAAAACAGAAAUGUAAACCCAAAUGUAAACCCAAAUGUAAGCCCGAACCUAGAAAACAAUGUAAGCCCAGAUGAAGAUUGUAGUAACCCUGAGAAAGAUAAGCAACAAAAAGAUAAUGAGACCAGUAGUCAAGCGAAUAACAGCCAGACCCAAAGAAAUCAAGACCCGUAUGAAAGCGUGAACAGGAAGAGCGAGUUGAACAUAAAGAUAUAUGCGGACGUGGUGUUUAACAAGAAGAUGGUGUUUGAAAAGAUGAUCAGGAAUGAGGCGAACACGAAGAUGGCACAGGCGACAGAAGUCAUAGCCAAGGAACUUGACAGGUACAAGGUCAGCCAUGGGAGCCAGAACACAACACUGACCAACUUCGAGGUUAACAACCAGAACAACAGGCUGAUUUUCUUCGUCCUGCUCAUCAUCUUCAUGUUCUACUACUACCACUAAUUUUCUAUAAGCCACGCAUGAGUAGAUAGUGUGUAUUCUAUAAUAUUAAGUUUAUUAUUUUUUAUUAUUUUUUUCAAUGUGUUUAUAGAGCUGGUUGUAGUAAAC